AAGGUUGCAUCUGUGGGGAAAACAGCCAUCCUGGAGCAGUUACCAUCUGUGGGGAAAACAGCCAUCCUGGAGCAGUUACUGUACGGCUCUCACACUGUAGGUGCAGAGACGAGCGACACUCAGGAGGACAUAUACGUGGCGUCUGUGGAGACGGACCGCGGCGUGAGGGAGCAGUUACGCCUCUACGACACAAGAGGGCUGCGAGAGGGGCUGGAGUUACCCAAACACUUCUUCUCAGUGGCGGACGGCUUCGUGCUGGUCUACAGCGUCGACAGCCUGGAGUCCUUCAGAAGAGUCGAGCUCUUGAAGAAGGAGAUAGACAAGUCCAGAGACAAAAAAGAGGUGAUGGUGAUGGUGCUGGGGAAUAAGUGUGACCUGCGCGAGCGGAGGCAGGUGGAUCAGGACGCGGCGCAGCAGUGGGCGCGCGGAGAGAAGCUCAAACUCUGGGAGGUGACCGUCACAGACAGAAGCUCUUUGAUCGAACCCUUCACCAGCCUCACCAGCCGCCUCACUCAGCCGCAGAGCAAGUCCGCCUUCCCUCUGCCCGGCCGCAAGAGCAAGGGCACGCCGUCCAGCGACAUCUGAGCAGCUCACACUACCACACAUUAGCACUAGGUUCAGCUCUCUAGACGUACAUUCUCUCCGGUACUUUAGAAGAUUAAGGGCUUCUAGUGAAAGAGGUUAGCUAGGACUACAUCUAUUUACACUCAGAAAUACAUGCACUAAUCUAUUUUGUUGUUGUUGUAUUUGUGCGCACUGAUGGAAAAUAGCAGAACAUAUAAAUGCAGGACACUCAUAGAGGUACACUGUGCUCGGCUUACUAAAGCCAGUCAAUCACAGAAGUUGAGAAUUCGUUUCGGUCGUUGCUGCAGUGAAAGGAAAAUGACUAGUCAGACAAAUCUUGUGCAAACAUCGUUUAAACACCAAAAUUAAUCGGAAGAAUAAGAACUUAUUUUUGGACCGUUAAGAUCUCUUAGAGCGUUAAAAACUGUAUUCUGAAACUCUAAAGCAAAAGAUUUCAUUUUCAUUAGCACAGUUCUUCCAGAUUUAACACUGAGUUUAUGUAAUUAUCUUUAUUCUCAUUUAUGGUUCUAUUAAUUCAAUACUGUAUUUUACAAUUUAAAUAUAUUAUAGAAUUAUAAUAUAUAUAUAUAUAUAUAUAUAUAUAUAUAUAUAUAUAUAUAUAUAUAUAUAUAUAUAUGUAUGUGUGUGUGUGUAUAUAUAUGUGUUUUCUAAAUGAAUUUAAUUUAUUGUCAGGGGUGUAAAUCUUCACUGACUUCAUGAUUCAAUUACGAUUAUCAUGUCAGCGAUUUGAUUCAAUUCGAUAUCACAAUGCAUUGCACCCUCAAUUUUCAAUUUUACUGCACAUGGCUACAUUUUCAAAUAAAUUUUAUAUCAAAUUUAUUUUGCACAUUUUUGUUAUUAUAUUAGCAGGCCAUUUAAAAAAAAUAAUUACAAACUAAUAAUAAAUCAAAAAAGAAUGUAACCAACUAAAUAUAGCUUCAAAACAUACAAGCAAAUAUAAAGUAAUAAAGGGGGGAAAAGACAAUUACAAGUGAUAAACAAGUACUUUCAGUAUCUGAGAGUGCUUUAAGGAUCCGAAAGAUUACAGACAAUCAUAGUUAUGGGUUUUUCUUUAUUGCUGUUUGAUUAUUACUGAUGAUAUCAUAGACAGUGGCAGCUUUUAUAGGCUGCAUUCACACUAAGGCACAGAUCUAUUUCGACAUAUCAGAUGUUUUGUCCUGUACUGAAAAUAUAACUGACUGUGUUUACAUCGAUUUCGUAUUAUACAAAUAUUCGGAGAUGUAAGUGCAUUUAACCACAGCCGCGCGCUUCAGGAGAACAAACACAAAGCAAACGUUAAAGUCUGACUUUACUUCAUAUUCCUUCACACACCGCAUCAACAAAACACAAAUCAAAAGUAAAACACUGCAAUAACGGCGGGUGGUGGAUGCACAUCCUGUCAAGCGAUGCACACGCGAUUUUCAACGCGCAAACAUGUAUUUAACGCGUGAAAUUGGCGUAUUUAACAUAUUGUUGACGUGUCAAAAUUAAUGUGUUUUUGACCCUUUUGGUCUUCCAUAGAAGUGCUUCAGUAUGUCAGUUCAUAAAAAUAUGGCAACAUUAGGUUGUUAACGUCAUAUAGUGUGUAUGAUGAUGUCUUCCAGCAUUAUUUCCAAAACUAACUCUGCUGUUCUUGCAUUUCGUCUCAAAGCUUUAGAAACCCAAAGAUAUAAUCAUGUAGUCCUGAGAUGAAGCCUGUAGCGGUGUUUGUGUAGGCUGGACUCAAGGGCACAGGAAAACUCUUUGAGGACGUUAUCUUUGUUGCUGCAGUCAGUAGAGGAAAAUUCCAGCGGUUAUCAAUGGACGUUUAUGAAAUCAUUGUCUUAGUAACCUGUUCUAAUUUAAAUGAAAGCUACCUAUUCACCAUGUAAUGAGGCGAUUCAACCAAAUAAAUGCUUAUUGACUGGA